CCAGUGAUAACAGAGAUCCAGUGGCAAAUUACUGCUACAAAAAGCUGAGUGAUUCAAAGUUCAAGGUUACUCUCACUGCUCUGGGAGAUGUUUUGGGCAAGCUGGCACAACUCUGCCUUUCUUUUCAAAGACACAACCUGACUGUGAUGGAAGGACACUGCUUUGCAAGAGCAAAGAUUGAGAAGUUGCGUUCCCAAUACUUGAAGGAUGAGAAGGACGUUCAGUGGAGUGACCAUGUCAAAGAGGUGAUGAGGACCUCAUCAGCUAAAUACCAGUGAGAUUACUCUUUUUAUUCAUAAGCUCUGUGAUCACUUAGAUGCUCGUUUUCCAGAGGAUGAAUUGAAGGAGUGGUCUGCAUUUGAUAUCGAAGCAUUGAGCUCAGACAUUGGUUUUGAGUAUGGAUCAACAGACAUUGCUAUACUGGCAAAGAAGUAUGAGGCCAUUCUCCACCACCCACAUUCUAUGGAGGCCAUUAACAGUGAAUAUGCUGAAUUCAAGUACAUAGUGAAGCAAAAACUUAAACAAGGGUCAAUCAGCACAUUCCCAGAUAUGGUGGCUGCAGCACUUAGAUGUGAGGAGCUAAAGGAGAUCUCACAGCUUGUGGAUAUUUGUGCUACAUUUCAAGCAUCCAGUGCAGAUUGUGAAAGAGGUUUUAGUUUAAUGAAUCAUAUCAAAACAGCAUCCAGAAAUCGUCUUGAAGUGGUGCAUUUGGACCAGCUGAUGCGCAUAAAGUCAAAGCAAGAAGCAGACGGGGCCAUCAACCUGGACAAAGUCUACAACCACUGGAGAAGUGGAAAGGACACACGGGAAAAAUAAGAUAUAUGUUCGGUAAAGGUGCCAAGCGGAAGCUGGAUGAGGAUGAAGAGGGGAUGGAAGGCAAAACGCUGGAGGUGUCUCUGGCAGGAGGGGGUCUAGGCCUUGGUCCAGAGUGUCUGUCCAAGGUGUCGUAUACCCUGCAGCGUCAGACCAUCUUCAACAUUUCCCUGAUGAAACUGUACAGCCAGCGGCCUCUUGUUGAGCCCAGCUUGGAACGCCGUGUCCUAAUCAACAACAUGCUGCGACGCAUCCAGGACGAACUCAAGCAGGAAGGCUCACUGCGCCCACUGCUCCUGCCACCAUCGCCACCGCCUGAUGACCCCAUGGAUGAGGGCUUCCGUGAGGCAGCACCCGCCUUUGCUGUUUUGUCAACAGCAGCAACAGCACAGGUAUCCCAGCCUUCUGCGCUGUUGAUACCGGUGAUUGUUCCGCCGCCUUCACCCCACCCAAUGGUGCCUCCAAGUUUACAGGCAUCCCAGUCCUGCCUCAACCAUGUGGAUGCCUGCCCCACCCCUCUGGAAGCCUGCCUCACUCCAGCCUCUUUACUGGAGGAGGAUGGUGGAGAGUCAGCCUUUUGUGCUCCAUCCCCACCCACUCCUCCUCUGUCACCUCCCCCAGUGCAGCCUCUUCUAUUACCCUCAGCAAUUCUGAGCCAGGCUUCUCCCAGGGUCCCUGUGCCUGCCUCAUCAAUUGAUGGUUUCACCUCCACUCUGAGUGACAUGGAGUUGAGUCUUCCCACAGCCAUAACAAGGACAGCAGCAGCUAAUACUACGACUGUGACUACCUCCUCAGCUCCCACACCACUCAACCAGUCCUCUCACUUUACAGCCCUCUCUAUAACACCAACAGGCACACCUAGAGACUGCAGGACCAUGGGUGCUAAAUCAGAGCCACCCGGCAUAUUGCUAGCGGAGGCUCGCUGUGCAGAGCUCCGGUCCAUGGACACUCUACCCGUGCUGCCCCCUGGUGGCCUAAUAGACAUUUCAUCCUCUCCUUUGUCCCCUGGUUCCUCUUCCUCGCCCUCGGGGUUUCUCUCAGACUUGGCGCUGGACGAUGUCCUGUUUGCUGACAUUGACACAUCCAUGUACGACUUUGACCCAUGUACGACAGCCGGGUCCAUGGGUUUGACAGCAGGAGGCAGCCUCACCAAACUCUCGCCAGUAGUGACAGCAGAUGACCUUCUUAAAUCACUGGCUUCACCAUACAAUGGCCCCACGCCCCAGGUUUCAGCCAGUCAGCCUUUCAAAAUUGAUCUGACAGAACUGGACCACAUCAUGGAGGUGUUGGUGGGUUCGUGACUCACAGACACCACUGGCUCUGAAAAAUGGUUAGUCUGGAGAACAGACUGAAAUGAAAUUUUGGGAUCGCUUUGGGUCUUACUUGGUGGUGGUUUUAAUGUUUUUUUUUUUGUUUUGUUUUUUUUUACUCUCUUUAAAUGUCGGUAAUUGUAAACAUUGAUGGUGAUGUCAAUUAGUACUACUAUGACAACUGCUACUACUACACAACACUGUGCAUGCACUGUGCUUGCUUUUCCAAAUAUGGAAAAGAAGAAACUGGGAAACAAAGACACACAUUUAUUUGUAUUUCUAUACUUGUGAGGACGCCUUUUGACUCCGUUCAUUCCCUAACCCCAUAGGAGUAGUGCUGCUGGAAUGCACCAGAAUAACACACCGCCACUUCCCUUUCUCCAAGAGAGGAGAGAAAAUAGGCCUAUUUGCAUUAUCUGGUUGAGUCAUAACAUUAUAUUAUUGUGAGAUCCAAUCAUCAGUAAAGUGCAUAUCUAGCUAAGUCGAAUGCUCUAAGUUGUGAUAUUAAAAUUUAAGGUGUGAUUGAUUCAUAAGAUUGACUCAGCGAUGUGCGUCAUGCAGAACUGGCGCCUGCAAAUGUUUGUGCACUUUGCCCAAUCACAUAAUGUGAAUGGUUCACAGCGACACAGUUUAGUGUCAACUAAGACUCCAUUUACAAAAGAUAAGUGACAGAAAAAAGCUCAGAUCAUCCAGACUGACAGACUAGGGCAUAAGUCUCCAGAAGGGGCCGUGAAGACAAGCAUCAGAUGCAACAAUCAGCAGCAGAAGCAGACUUUACAUUUAACUUAAGUGAUGCUGGGAUUUAAACAGACAGUUUUACCUGUGAAAGAUCAGCUGUAUAUGACACAAGCAGGGCAUAAGUUGGUCAAACUCGGGCAGGUGUUAAACCAGUCAUGAGCCCCACACAUAGCUGAUGUGCUUCACAUAUAAACCAACACAAAGCAGAGCAAGAUUAUGCCCUAGUAAUAAGAUUAUACACCGAUCAGGUGUAUAACCACCAGAUUAUAACCACCUGCCUAAUACUGUUUACAUAGAAGUGGUGGCUGUGGCUCAGGAGUUAGAGCGGGUUGUCUCCUA